AUGGAUAUCAGAGCUAACAUAAAGUUAUGUGAUAAGACUAAACAAAAAGUAAAAGUGAUGGGAAACCAAGACGGUACAAUAUCUCUGAAAUACCAAUGUAAAGUAUUAGGAAAACAUGAAUUAUCAGUUUGUAUAGGUAACAAGUCUAUUGAAGGCUCACCAGCUGUAAUUAAUGUCAUUCUUAAUAAGGGUUUAUUAUGUAAAUAUGGUAUGCCUGGUUCUGGGAGGGGUCAGUUCAGUACACCAGAAGGUGUUUGUGUGGGUAAGAAUGGGGUAACUGCUGUAUGUGAUAAAGGUAACAGUAGAGUUCAACUGUUUUCUUUAAAUGACAGUCAACAUCAAUGUGUAUUACAAUUCACUGAUUUCACAUCCCAGUUUUACCCAAGGUAUGUAGCUAUAUCAAAAGAAGGUUAUUACUUCAUAGCAGAUAAUAGAAACAAACAGGUUGUUGUAUGUGAUGAAAACAGUAAGAUAAUUAGAUGCUUUGGGGAUCAGGAAUUGACAUCCCCUAUGGGUAUUGCUAUUAGUCCUGUGAAUGACAGAGUGUAUGUAAGUGAUCACUCCUCCUAUUGUAUUAGAAUAUACACUCUAGAUGGAGAGUAUAUCAAAUCAUUUGGUACUUACGGUAGUGGGAAAUGUGAGUUUAACUUUCCACUGGGAAUCACAGUUGAUAACAAGGGCAAUGUCAUAGUGGCUGAACACAGCAACCACCGUAUCCAGGUGUGUAAUCCCGAUGGUGUCUUCUUAUUCAGUUUUGGCAGUCGGGGGAGUGGUAAUAAUCAGUUUUCAAACCCGCGUGAUGUUGCUUGUGAUGAUGAUUGCAAUAUAUACGUUUGUGAUUAUAAUAAUAACAGAGUUAUGAAGUAUGAUUCACAUGGUGUAUUUGUAUCACGUAUUGAUAGUGUCCAGGAUGGACUGACACAACCUGCAGGUAUCUAUGUCACUGAUGAUAAGCCAUUUGGUAAGAUUGUGGUAGCUGAUCAGGGAAAUAACUGUAUUAAAGUAUUUGCACAAUGA